AUGGAACGACUGAGGAGAGAGACCCAGGAUCCUCCAAGGGAAGAGGAGAGAGACCCAGGAUCCUCCAAGGGAAGAGGAGAGACCCAGGAUCCUCAAAGGGAAGAGGAGAGAGACCCAGGAUCCUCAAAGGGAAGAGGAGAGAGACCCAGGGAUCCUCAAAGGGAAGAGGAGAGAGACCCAGGGAUCCUCAAAGGGAAGAGGAGAGAGACCCAGGGAUCCUCAAAGGGAAGAGGAGAGAGACCCAGGGAUCCUCAAAGGGAAGAGGAGAGAGACCCAGGGAUCCUCAAAGGGAAGAGGAGAGAGACCCAGGGAUCCUCAAAGGGAAGAGGAGAGAGACCCAGGGAUCCUCAAAGGGAAGAGGAGAGAGACCCAGGGAUCCUCAAAGGGAAGAGGAGAGAGACCCAGGGAUCCUUAAAGGGAAGAGGAGAGAGACCCAGGGAUCCUUAA